AUGGACGGCAUCCGCGUCAGCCAAGAGAGGGUGGACGCCAUCACCACCACAUGGCAGGUCAUCAAUACACUGGGACGAGACACGUUUGUUUUGAAGCUGCACGCGAACCUGCUGGUCGAGGCUGUCGCACAUGGGAGAGAAGACAAGCUCGACCAGGUCCGUGGGUGGUCGUGUGAAUAAGGGGCCGACGUACCGUAUGUCCGAGCGACAUGCCGUGUGUCUCGCGUGUACAUGAAUCGGUGUCUGUGCGUUUGUGCAGCAAGUGGCUGUCGAUUUGAUGGCCUUGAUUGAGGACAUGGUCGACGCCUGUACCAACAUCCAUCGACUGAAGGUGAGACGCAUGACAGGCAGGCGAUAGAGACCGAGGACAGAGCGUCAACCCUUGUGAAAACGUCAGGGUAUGAAUACGACCAUGGGCAUUCGCGUGAGUCCCUCUCUUCUUGGCAUUCUCGAUCUCAGAAGUGUACGUACGGAAGAAACAGGCCAGUGGAUGCAUAGAAUGCGUGCAUGUAUACGAUACAGCUCAAGGAGGUGUGUGAGCGAUCUUUGCGCGAGGUCAUGGGUCCGCGAUGGCAAGAUGCACAGACAGAGGCGUGGCGAUGGCUCUUCGAGGUGGCGAUCGAGGAAAAGGCCGGCAGAUGGAGAAACAAGUGUGGAUGGAUUGAACGAGCCGACAUAUCCGCUCACCAAUCUGUUUUCUUUGCCCAUGUCUCCUGUCCGUUCAGGCACAAAAAGCGAAUCAUUGCAUCCAUGCGGCUCCUGAGGCGCAAGAUACAGACCAUCCUGGACGAAGACGAAGCGGCCAAGCAUGAGCACCAUCACAAUCCAAGCCAAGUCGCCCCCGCGCAGCCUGACGCCCCCGUGUUCAGCGAUGACGACGAGUCGGAUAACAGCGACGCGGACGGCCUCAAGUCCCAACCCAAAAGGAACAGCCGCGCGGCCACCGACAAGAAGCACUCCAACGCUUUGCCGGACACAGCCAAGACGGAGAAAACUUGGCGGUCGUUCUUUGCUUACUUGUGGUGUGGGAGGACGACAGGACAUCGGAAAGACAGUACGAGAGCCGCAAAGGACAGGAAGACAAUCGCGGAUGCUGCUGCGGCGGCCAAGAAGCGCCGAGUAUCCGUGUUUACGAUGUUGCCUACGAUGCCAACUGUCGACGAGGCCGUGCUGAGUGUGGGUGAGCCGCCAAGGAGCAGCAUAGUGGUGUCUCAGUUGCCAAAGGCGGCUCCCUCUGCCUUCGAGCUUAUCGGGGAGGGACGCGGGGCGUCGCUGGACGAGGUGUCGAAGGUGACGUCGUCAAGGAGAGAUCGUUUCCCGACCUAUGGCUAUUGGGCCCUUUCCUGUCUUUUAGAUUGUUGGCCUGAAGUUUCACAGUGAAUUGUUUGCAGAGGGUGAGUGGGGACUCAUUUCGAUAAGAUUUCCCCCCUUAUCAAGUGUUGCUCUCUUUCGUUUGUAUAUCUGUGUUGGCGAGUAGCACCUAGUCUGAGCAACCUUUUCCUGAAGCCUACGGACGCAUAUGCGAGGCAAAGAUAGACGUUAUCUGGCGCCCCAGUACACGGAAUAAGCUGUGUGUCGGUCUGUUGUCGGUGGUGUUUGCAGGGUAUUUGUAUCGGUCAUUUGAAUGCUGUUACAAUCGCUCGAUGACCCUGAAAAGCUGUGGCAGCAGCAGAAGGACCUCAGGUGAGCCAGGAGAUGCUGCUCCUUCUCAUGCACUCGGUAUCUGGAAGGACUUGGUGCUGACUGGCUUCGUUUGUCAGCCUCAGACACAUACAAUUUGGCGUCCGUGCCGCACACGUACCCAUGUUCGGUAAGCGACGACAGAGAACUGCCGCCUUACGCAGACAAUACCAGUGUCGUAUUUGCAGCAAAACCUUUUAUUCAGACGCUCCGCUCUCUCGGCGAAGACGAGUGGACCGACAAAAUGACCGUUGCGUGGUCUAUUCUGUGGGAAAUUGUACUGAGAACAACACACACUGAAGCCAUAAAGCGAAGCGUGCAUUGCCAUCUUCACUUCCAGACUGGAGCUGGCCUAAAUAGGUCUCUUGCUGCUGGCGAGCACCCUGUGACGCGGUAGACGGCAGGCAGCGCACGCCACACAGCAGUGCGAAUCGGACUGUCGCUUGCUUGGUUCUGGCGCCAGGGCGCUGAUCUGCGGCGGUGUGGAUGACAUCAAAGUGAGGGACGGAAAUGCAGGGAAGAAAAGGGCGAAUCAUACAUACGUGUCUCGUGUGUGCCCUUUUCUAUGCUUACAGACUGCUCUCGGCGACGCCCCUCGGAGGUAAGCACGUGAGACUUAUCUCAAUCGAAGUGCACACACACGGGCAGGAAGGCAAGCCUGUGUAUACUGGCUCUAGUCUUGGAGACAUGGAGGAGACAUCUGAUCUUACCUUUUCAGUCUACGUGCUCUGUGGGAGUGCAAGGCGGAGGUACACGGACAACACGUGUCUCCCUUAUAUUGGUAAGUUAAUGCCCGAGCGGUUGUCCCCAUCCGCUCAUGCACGCCUUUUGUGUUUAUACUUAGGGCCAUCAGAGAGGGCAAGAUGAGUGUCGCCCGCACCUUGCUACAGGACGUGCUGGCCAUUCGGGCAGACAUGAACGGCUACUACUAUGGUAAGCACACACAUGCGUAUCUACCACAAUCGCCGUGAUUGAUCGAUCUACGUGUAGGCAGAGACGAGCUGUGGCAGUGCCACCCGGACCUGGUCAAGGCGCUGUGCGACGAGGCGCCCUCACUCCUGCCGGACUUCCUAGAUGGACACGUAUGGCGGUCCGAUCAGGUGUUUAAGGGACUCCGCAAGGUGAACCAACCGCGAGAGCAUCAAGUCGUACAAAUGCACAUACGACGUGUUGUGGCACUGCCAGGUCAAUUAUUAUGUCCGUGAGCUGUGGGGCGACCCUUGUGAGUCCAGUAGCGCUUGGGACCAGCCGUUGGGUCGUUUGGUGAGGCUGGGACACGCAGAGCUCUUCCUGCAUCCGGUUGUGCCCUAUAUCGUCAACAAAAAGUGGCGGCGGCUCGCCAGCUUCACAUUUUUCAGAGACCAAGCGGUUUACUUAUUGCAGGUAAGAGCGAGAGCGAGAGCGCGCGAGAGACACAAGGGUGCAUGUGGCAUGUCGAUAAUGACGGGUUGUCUGUCUCAGAUCGUGUUCUUUGUAUUGGGCUACAAUUUUCUGAUCUCCCAGCCAUUUCCGUCUUUCUGCUGUCGUGCUGCUUCAUGGGCGGUGUCGUGUCAGUACACCAUCAAGCACGUCGGCAUUGCAUAUCGUAGGCCCGUCUCCCUGCUGCCUUUCGCACCUUUCUUCCCUGACGCAUACGUACGUGUGUGUUUUCAGGUCAGGCGUGUCGUGGCGAGUCACAGGUGGUUUCGUUUGGCGGCCUGCGCCUCGCUGUGCCCUAUCACUUCAAAAAUUCAUGGAACGGCUUUAGAGUACUCCUCAGGUCGAGGAGGAACACUAGACGAGAUGCGCGUGUAAAACGCGGCUCUUAUCCUGUUUUCAUUUCAGCCUUCUGCUGUUCUGUGCGGCUUCGGUGGAUCCGUGGGUGGUCCAGCAGGCGUCACCGCUUUCGUGUACGCACCAUCUAUUCUAUAAGUGGAAGGCGCUGUCGUCGGUGAGUGGGGUCAUGAUGUGGCUGCUGUCCAUCCAAGUGCUGGCUGCGCUGCCCUCACUGGGCGCAUUCCUCUUCGCCCUGUCAAUCAUACUCAAGGACGUCAUCAAAUUCGUCCUCUGCCUCGUAAGCAGGAUCAUCAGAAAUGCACCACCCAUCCCAUGUGCCUCCCUGCCGGUGUGUGCCUGAUGUGUGUCAGUUUGUCCUGUUGCUGUCCUUUGGCACAAUGCUGACGGUCUUUGGCCAGUCGCGGGGUCUCGACGAGUUCAGAGACCUUUCGACGAGUCUCGUUACACUGUACUCGUUCAUGCUAAAGGUGUGGCAGCCGGACUUUGCGGGGAGACACGAUGACCCAUUCCUAGUAGGAAACAAGUCGGGCAGGCGCAUGCGCUCACUCAUUGACGGACGUCUGGUUGUUUGUGUUGUGUUGCUUUCAGGUGACGUCCUUUCUGCUGUUCGUGACUGUCGCUAUAGUGGUGCUGCUGACGCUGCUGGUGGCACAGAUGCGGACCUCGCUACACCUUCUGACGCAAGACAUGACGGCCAUUGCUUGAAUGAGCAGAGCAUACCAGGUCGUCCCACGCACACAUGGGAUGAAGAGAUGGUCGCACACGCCCUCAUCCAUCCGUCCUUCAGGUGGUUGAGACGGAGGCCAUUCUGCCAACCCGCCAAAAGGUGUCUCUCUACGAUGCCAUGCAUUUCGACGAGCCACUGGUAGGCACACUGAGGGACUCACGAGACCGUGACUCUGUGUGUAUGUGUCAAUCGCUGCGUGUGUGCGUAGGAGUUCCACGGAGAGGGCGACCUCGGCCCAGGAGGCGGGAGGCAGGAGCUGGAGAGGGUGGACGACACCAAUAUAAGAGACAGGAUCAUCCGGUGUCUCGACAAGGGUGGUCCCGACGACCCAUGGCCCACCGACAGACACGGAUCAGCCGACACUUCACACGAGUUCGAGACGGCCACACAGAAGGCUCUCAAAGAGUGCAAACACUCCGUCGACAGGGUCAUGAGGAUGGUAAGAUGCGGGUCACAAAUGGAGGCUCGCGGCGAGCCAUGCCACGAAGUGUGUCCUUGCAUGUUGGCAGGCCGUCAAGAAGGAUCACGUCUCCGGGUUGUCGCGCAAACUCAAGGGAAAAGGAGGGGGCAGCAUCAGUGGAGGCGGCACCGAAUGUAAACCCCUCACACACUCUCACAUACGACAUGCCGUGGUCUCUGUCUGACUGUCCCUCCCCGUCGACUCCUUCAUCAGCGCAUCUCGGGAGCGUGUUCACGGGUCUAUCGGGGAAUCCGACGAAUAAGAGCACCGGCAUCAGUGCGUCUCUCCAGAAGGCCGCCGCCGCCAACCAGCUGCAGGCCGUCUCCCGCAUCAUGACGCGGCACAAGACUGGCAAUAGUGUCGCGGGAUCUGAACCAGACACGGCCGGACCCGAGCACAACCAUUCUCAGCCAAAGCUGCGGCGAGGCAAGUCGAAUGCGGCGCUGAAGCGUUCUCUGGGUGGUGAGAAAGACUCGAGGACGUUGAGAGAGAGGUUGGGUUCCCUCGAGCAAGCGGAGCAGAGCGGCAGCAUGACGGGACGACAGAGGUGGACGGGUGAAUGA